AUAUUGUUCACCGAAACCCACUCUUUAAUGAAUAAUUCAUUAUUAACCUUCAAAUCAUUAGACUUUCUUGGGCAACCUUGCAGCAAGAUCCAACCAGAUGCUCCAGGCUUCGGUUUUCCCGGCGCACGCCGCCUUGCCUUCCCCUCGUCCAAAUGCUACUUUUCUCAAUCUUCACCGUCCAUCUUCAUCCUUUCCAAUCUCUCCGCUGUUGAUGCCGCUGCGUGUCCCUACGCUCUCCACCUCAAGGAGCUUCACUGUCGGAGCACUUUUUGAUCUCAAAGGCGGCCAAGGAAUGACUUCGUUCCAUGAGGUUGAGCUCAAAGUCCGUGACUACGAACUGGAUCAGUAUGGAGUUGUUAAUAAUGCUGUUUAUGCAAGUUAUUGUCAACACGGUCGCCAUGAACUACUUGAAAGUAUUGGUAUCAGCUGUGAUGAAGUUGCCCGCACUGGUGAUUCAUUAGCACUGUCAGAGUUGUCGCUCAAAUUUCUUGGACCUUUAAGGAGUGGAGACAAUUUUGUUGUUAAGGUGAGGGUUUCCAACUCCUCAGGGGCUCGCCUGUACUUUGAGCAUUUCAUCUUUAAGAUGCCAAAUGAAGUGCCUAUUCUGGAGGCAAAGGCCACAGCUGUAUGGCUUGACAAAAAUUAUCGUCCUGCUCGUAUCCCUCCAGAAUUCAGAUCAAAAUUUGUUCAAUUCCUUCGUUGUGAGGAACCUAGUUGAGUUGUUCAUGGACAUGGGAUAUUCUUUCAUUUGGGCAAGGAAUGAAGAAUAUGAUUCUAGAUUGGAAACCAAAUCGAGUAGGUAUUUCUUUUACAACUUUUUGUUUGAUUGAUAUCCUUGGGGGGGGGGGGGGGAUUAAAACAGAGAAAAAUUGAAGUUAAUUUUAGUUAUCCCUUACAGAAUUGCAAGAAAGAGAAGGAUCAUAUCCCUUAAAAUCAGUCUUUUACAUACCACUUCAGAUUAAAGUGUUAUGCCUAUUUUACACACCAUUCAUUUACAAAUAUUAAGGGACAAAUGCCAAGUGGAUUGUAGAAAGGCAAAAUGUGUUCUUAUAAAUAUAAUUGUGUUUCUUGAGCCAA